AUGGGAUCUGCACCGGCAGUCUACGCCCAUACGGCAGAGCACGAGGACGACCCCUAUGGAGAACAAGACGGCUACAUCAAGGCUACCGAUUUUUCCCUGCCUUACUACUCCGAGUUCUCGCGAAUCUAUGCGCAGACGGUCAGUCAGGGUCUGCUCCGUCACGUCAACUGUGGUUAUCUGUCCACCGAGGGAAUUGCUCCAACACUUCUCGCCCUCAAGCAGCAUGCUCAGUCACUGUGCAUCCUCAUCCAGCAACUGAACCCGACAACUGGCAUCUCCGAGAUUGGAGACGGCAGCCUCCGCAGGGCCGGAGCUGGCAGCAGUGAUCCUCUUACGCUCAAAGCCAAUCUCAAUGACGCGUUUGACUUUCUCUCCGACUUGAGCACCCCCUACACCAACGAUGAUACAAAUCAUCAGAUUCCCCUGACGGCCCUUUUGAACGAGGUGCGCGCCCGCGAUGAACUUAAAGGCGUCUCGUAUCAUUGCCCCUUUGCCGAUGCCCCCAAGCCGAGAAACCCCGGGGAGAACCUAAAGCCGUAUGCCACCCAUCAGAACCUCGUUCUGCACGCCAACGCCUGCUUGGAAAGACUGGACCACGAGUUCAGCACCACCGGGGGGCUGCUCAGCAUCUUGCCGACGGACCAGGAGGGCAGGGAGAACCUCAACCAUGCUCGCAAUACCCUCCUAGGUCAGUGGCUGACGUACACGCAGCAUCUCGUUGGUCGGAUGCACGAGCUCGAGAGGUCCUACAACAAUGCUCUUGACGCCCUGGCGGGCGAAGCCCUAAUCCCGAGUCAGCACCUUUCUGUUGUUGGCCCUACCGGCGCGAGUGAGGGACGCUCCAUCGUCUAUCCACAAGACAAGUACGUGCUUGUCAAUGCCGGUGACGACAUCUUCCAGUACCUCCACUCGAUCCUCGACAAGCAGGAGACCCUCCUGCAAGCGCAGGACACCAUCAACAAGUCAAACGGAGCGGUGGGUGAGGUCGCCAUAGUGUCGAGCGAGGGUACGGAGUUGUACACCCAGGGCAUCGUCUACGUCGACAUCCCGUCGCGAUUCUACCGUCUGGCCGGGCAGGGCAGAAAUACCCUCUUCGUGAUUCCCGCGCACAAUGUCCACCCCGCCACGGCGCACACGAGAUUGCUCGAGUCCCAGCCUACGGUUGUGCAGGCCAUCGCGCCGACGGACCCGGCCCGCGUGACGGUGUUGGAGAAGCGGUACACGGAGCGCAUUGCCAAGGCGGAGCAGGACGCCAUCGACGUCCACCGGCUCGAGGCCGAAAACGAAAAGAUGGAGAGGGAGCUCAGGACGUUCAUUGCCGAGCACAAGAGGCUCGCCAGGGUGCGCGAUGAGCUCAUGAGCACCGUGGAUGCCAAGGACAGGGUCAAGAUCAACAAGCUCUUCAAGAACCAGGAGAAUAUCGAACAGCUCAAGGACCAGCUCAAGAAUGCGCGCGACCAGGCGAACAAGAGCAAGGAGGAGGCUCAAAAGGCCAGGGCUGACGUCGCGGCAGCCAAGGCCGAGGCUGAGAGGUAUAAGCAGACUUGCUUUGCGUGGGAUGAAUAUGUCAAGAGCCUCUCGACGCAAAAGCCGGCGGAUGAUCAAGAAGACACGAUCGCGGACAUGUCGGCAACGCUGAUUGGACAAGACGAUAGUCAGCUUGAGAAAGAGAAAGAGGGAGAUGGUGGGAUUCUGUGA